AUGAAAAACAAGCGCAAUAAAAAACAGCUUAAGCGACAACAACAGCAGCAGCAGCCGACUAGGACGAAGCCACAAAAAUAUCACAAACGUUCCAGAAACCUCAAGCACCAGAAUAACACUUCAAGUGAAGAAGAAGCAAAAACAUCUGUGAGUUCUCAUUUAAGGCGAAUAGAAAAGGGACAAGCGUUUGUUGGAAGCACUUUUCAACAAAGGAGCAGACCAUCGACCAAGCCCAACCGCACCACCAACAACUAUCUUCGGCAAACUUCCACACUUACGAAGUCUUCAAAGCAAACGGAAACGGAUACAUUUAAGGACGUUUCACAUAAUCGCCAAACAAGCGUAACCACCUCCAGUAGCAUCAGAAGUCGCCUGUUUCCGAAGACAUUUUUGCGACAAUACAACAACUGUAGUCUGGCCUGGUUUUUGCGAGUGCUGGUAUUAACAUUGCUCUGUGAAAUGCCUGUGCUUAGCUCCGCCGACUGGUUAAUGGACUGUGGUGACUGCCAUUGCAAAUGGAAUUCGGGUAAGAAGACGGCUGAUUGUAAAAAUCUUACCCUAUCCUCGGUACCGGAAAAUUUAAGCAACGAAGUCCAGGUUCUGGACUUAUCGUUCAAUCGUAUCGUUUAUUUGGAAGAGAAUGCUUUUCUCACGGCUGACUUGACGAAUCUGCAUAAGUUGUACAUUAGGAAUAGCUCCUUGCAGCAUAUAGAUCCCAGGACCUUCACCCAGUUGGAAAUACUUAUUGAACUGGAUUUAUCCAAUAAUCUGCUAAAGGUGCUGCAGGCGAAUCUCUUUGCCCGUCUGGUAAAGGUUAGAGCAAUUGUUCUCAAUGGUAAUAUCCUGGAAUCGUUGGGUGAUGGCAUUUUUCAAAAUCUUAAAUAUCUUCAUAAGAUCGAAUUGAAGGAUAACCGUUUGGUGAAAAUAGCCAAUCAGGUGUUCGUAAAUGUCCCUCUGCUUUCACAAAUCUAUUUGAACAAUAAUCGCUUGAACUUUUUGCGCAAGGAGAGUUUUGAAAAUGUCAAACGGUUGACAGCUCUGUCGCUGGAUGGCAAUCCUUGGAAUUGCACCUGUGAAUUGCAAAUAUUUCGUGAUUUUGUGCUGCGUCGCAAUCUCUAUACACCACCCACAGCCUGCUAUUAUCCGGCCCAGCUGCGAGGUAUGCUGUGGAUAGAAGAUCAGCCGGAGGCCUUUGCUUGUAAGCCACGAAUUAUUUUCCCAGCCAAAGGAGCUUCCAUUACUACGUCUAAGGAAAAUGUCACUCUAGUUUGUCGUGUUCAUGCCUCAGCCAAUACCCACAUUGCCUGGGACUACAAUAAACAAAUAUAUCGCAGCACUAGUUCGGGUCAAAUGCCAUCACACCAACAGCCACAUCAACAACAACAACGAAUUUUCAUUCAAAUCAUUGAGGAUGACCAGUCAAAGGAAAAGGAAUUCGGCCGCAAUGUUUACAUAUCACGACUAACGAUAUUGGGUGCCGACAAAACCGAUGAGGGAACAUACACCUGCAUUGCCGAGAAUGCCGGUGGUAAGGAUUCCGUGCAAAUGACUCUGCUCGUGGAGAAGCCGAGUGGUCGUGAGCUACUGCAGGGCAAUUUGGCUGCAGUCAUCUCGUUAAUGGCUCUGGGCCUUCUGAGUGUAUCCGUAUUCCUGGCCAUGGUUACUUGUUGCAUCUAUAAGCGAUUCAUUGCAUCGACGGCAGCGCGUCACCGUCAUCAUCAUCUCGAUUUAAGUGGCAACGAUCCGCUGACAUCACAUGGCACGGUUGUGGCCAAUCACGGCACCACCACUGUGGCUGGUAAUACAGACGUCAUGUUGGGUGUUGUCAAUGGGCUGGUGGUCGAUAAUGGUGGUAGCAAUAGCGGCGAUACCCUGAAAUAUAAAAAACACCAACAGACAACUAUCAAUGGAGGUAGUUCCAUAAUUAAAGACAAAUACACAGAGCUGCUAAAGCAAAAUGGUGGCAGCGGAGGAGGUGGAAAUGGUGGCGUGGACGAUAGCAUGGGUACCGGAAACUCGCCUUUGAUGGAAUCUAUCGGCAUUAGUGGAGGUGGUGGAGGCGGCGGCGGUGGCUUAGGUGUGGGUGUUGGCAAGAAGGCAGCAAGCUGUGAUGUCCAACUGGGUCAAUUGGAGAAAAAAUACUAUGAGCAGCACAACAAUGAUGUACGAGCCGAAUUGUAA